ACAGCUAUGUGGAGUGUGGUAGAGUGUAAGAACAAGUAUUAUUAUAGUAGAAAGUGUACAAAGAAAGAUUAUUUUUUAAAGUGGAAUUCUAGUGUACUAAUAAUUAUAACGCGUAGUUCCGAACAUUUUUAAUAGUGUGAAUAAUGAUUAGUUAAAUUAAGACAUCUUUUUAACUCGCGGAGAACAACAAUACAAUAACUGUUUACUCCAUUCUUAACUAUUUGGUGAUCUAUAUAUAGGUACAAAAAUGACAUUAAAAUGAAGAUACAUAUGUAAUCACAAUUGCCAAUUAAUAUUUAAGUGAAUGCAGAUUGCCAUAUUCAUCAACACGCGCGACCGUUUUAAUUGUUUCAUUUAAAAAUAUGACUACAGUGGCGAUGGAAGAGUAUGAGCUUAUGAAAGACUCAAAAUAUCGUUUAUAUGUGGCUGCGAUUGAUAAAGCAUUGAAAAACUUCGAGUAUACAUCAGAAUGGGCUGAUUUAAUAUCAGCCCUAGGAAAACUAAAUAAGGUUUUACUGAGUUAUACAAAGUUUCCGGUAAUUCCGCGACGGAUAAAAAUAAGUAAACGCUUGGCACAAUGCAUGCACCCAGCUCUACCAUCCGGGGUGCACCUCAAGGCGUUGGACACCUACGACAUCAUAUUCAGGUGUAUGGGGACAAAUAGACUGGCUUGCGAGCUCUUCAUAUAUAGUGCAGGUCUUUUUCCACUAAUGGGACACGCAGCAAUGAAUAUUAGACCGACGUUAUUAACUAUUUAUGAGACCCAUUUUAUACCAUUAGGAGAUAGAUUGCGGCCAGCAUUAAGUGGAUUUCUCAGUGGAAUUUUGUUAGGCCUUGAUACGGGAACAGAUCAUUUUGAUAGGACGAAUUUACUUUUAGAAAAUGUAUGCGAGGGCGUGGAAAGCCCUUAUUUUUACACGUGUAUCUGGCAAUGCGUUGCAAACAACAGUCCAGUCCGAUUACCUGCCAUUAGUUACGUUUUAGCACAUUACAGCCGGAAGUUAUCUAUGGAAGACCAGCUUUUUCUAAUGGGGAACGACAUAGGAUUAAUGGUAUCUGGCUUGUGUGCGGCAGUUCAGGACUCAAGCGUCUUGGUACAGAGAUCGGCAUUGGACUUGCUAAUGGUCUGCUUUCCUAUGAACAACCAACAAUUACUCUACGCCGACAUGGUCAGACUGGUAACAGCAGCUUUAACGACAAUCCUUAGGAGAGAUAUGUCAUUAAACAGGCGCCUGUAUUCCUGGCUAUUGGGAUCUGAAAUCAAUAACUUACUAGCACUCCAGUCUGAAAACGAACUGGAAGAGGAGCCAGCGCCAGAACAACAUAUUUUAGCCUACGACUUGCUAAACGAUGCUUUAAAAAUAAUUUUAAAAAAAUGCAGCACGGAAACUCCCAUUGACAUAAAACCAUAUAGGCUGCUCAUCUCUCUAUUUGAUAAACCGCAGAUAGGAACUGUAAUUUUAGACAAUAUUUUAUGUGAUGUGUUUAGAACGCUGUAUUUGUCGUGUUGGUACCAACAGAAAAACAAAAAUAGUGCUAUACGAUGCGUGUCUUUUACAGGAGAUCUGACUAGUUUAAAAAACGAAGAAAAUGUUUUAAGCAAACAGUUUGUCAAUAAGAAUUGUCCAGAGUUAAUAAAAAACGCUAAUCUACUAUUCAACACUUUACAAAGGCACUAUAUAUGGUCUUACAUAGAGAAAUUAUUUGUGGAAGCCGUUAGGAAUAUUAAAACUUACAAAUAUAGAGAUAGAAAUCAAGUGAGUGAAAUAGGAAGUGGGCCUCCACACAUUUUAGAGCUCUGUAUUUUGACUGACUUUUUAUUGGACAUAAUUCCUAUAGAAUCGUAUACAGAAAACACAAACAAUAUCUUGCCGAACUUAUUUUGGAAAUUAGUGUCCACUGUAAAGUCAAACGUGGCUGAUCUGAACCAACACGAAAUAUCGGAGAGUUUGCAGUUGUGCACAAAGAUCCUGAGUAAAAUUCAACCAGACACACUCAUGCAGAAUACAAGUGUACAAAAUCAAUCUCUAGAUUCAACACUUCACGACUCGUUAGAGAAAACUUUGGAGAAUUCUGUAAAUUUAGAAGACAGCACUGAAAAUGGAGAAACGCGAAUAUUAGAAAAAAGUAAAUCAGAUUCCAAGAUUAAUGAAAACCUGAGCAAUUUUAGUAAAAAUGAGCUAACAGUGGGUGAAAAUAAUAGAGAAAGAUCCUACAGCAAUCAAAUGUUAAAAAAGAAGGAAAAAACUAGUCCCAGAAUUGACAAAAAAAGCAAAAACAAAAAAUCCAAGUCGACUUCCAGACUUGACGAAUCCAAAAACGAAGAUGAUUCAAUGAGUUCGGAAAAUAACACUCCUGUACCUGACAAACGACCAUUGACGGUUAUAGAAACAGCCGAACCCUUGCCAAAAAUAGCAAAAGUGGAAAACAAACAUUUUAUUAAAUGUCUAGAAGAAUACAAGUCAUUUUACACGCACUUCAUAAAAGUGAAACUUUUACCGAACACUGAUAUCAAAUCUGUUGUGCAGUCAUUAACCUGUGAUAAAGAUAGUAGAACCGUACGAUUAGUAACUCUAUUAGGUAAGUAUUAUUCUUAUAUAUUAUUUAGGUAA